AUGGAAGAGGGAAAUCAUUCGGAGGCGACUGAGUUCAUUCUCUCAGGGCUGACAGACCGUCCGGAGCUACAAGCCCCUCUGUUUGGGAUUUUCCUAAUGAUUUAUGUUAUCACUGUCGUGGGGAACUUGGGGAUGGUCCUGUUAAUCACGAUUGAUCCCCGACUCCACACCCCCAUGUACUUUUUCCUCAGGAGUUUGUCUUUCUGUGAUCUCUGUUAUUGCUCGGUAAUUGUCCCUACGCUACUGCAGAAUUUCUUAGCUGAGAGGAAAAGCAUUUCUCGCACUGCCUGUGCUGUGCAAAUGUAUGUCUCCCUGUGUCUUUCAGAUAUUCAGUGUCUCUUGCUGGUUGUGAUGGCAUAUGACCGUUAUGUGGCCAUCUGUAACCCGCUGCUCUAUAUGGUCACUAUGUCCAGGCAGCGGUGUAACCAGCUAGUGGCUGGGGUGUGUGCCGUAGGGGUGCUGGAUGCAUUGAUACUCACGUAUUUUACAUUCCGACUGUCAUUCUGCCACUCCAACAUCAUCAGGCAGUUCUUCUGUGAAAUGCCCCCCCUGCUGGCACUCUCCUGUUCUAACACCCGCAUCAGUGACAUUGUGCAGUUGGCUUCUAUGUGCUACACUGUAAUGCUCAGUGUUGUGAUCAUUCUCCUUUCCUAUGUCUAUAUCUUCACCACCAUCCUGAGGAUCCGCUCUGCCGAGGGCCGGUACAAAGCCUUCUCCACCUGCGCUUGUCACUUGAUCACGGUGGGAGUAUUUUAUUUCACUCUCCUUUUCAUGUAUUUCCAACCCACCUACAGCUAUUCCAUGGACAAUGACAAAAUAGCGUCCGUGUUUUACGCACUGGUGAUCCCCAUGUUGAACCCCAUAAUCUACAGCCUGAGGAACAGGGAGGUGAAGGACGCCCUGAGGAAAACCAUGAAUAAACUCCUAACCAGUCCCUGA